UCGCCUGGCUGGGAACGACGAUAGCUCUGGUUGGGAAGAUGUUCAUGUCAAUCGGACUCGCUGUUGUCUACAAUUACUCAGCUGAACUGUUCCCUACUGUGGUCAGGAACACAGGCAUAGGCAUGGGAUCGGCCUGCGCUAGGUUUGGUGGCAUCAUAUCUCCCUUCAUAGCUAUUAUGGAUAACACUGUCCCACACCUCUCUAUGUACAUAAUGGGAAUUGCGGGUAUCAUCGCUGGAUUUGCUGCUCUGUUGUUACCGGAAACAAAAGGGCAACCGCUACCCGAGACACUGGAAGAUGGAGAGAGAUUCGGAAAAUCUAGACCACGACUUCUGUCCUUCAACAGCACGCCUGCUGAGCAACAGAAUGGGACGUCCAGUAACUAUGACAACAAGGAAGAGUCUCUAGGUCACGAGAACCCGGCGAUGAGCGAGGACGGAGAGGGAGGUGGGAAGAAGCCAGAGAUUACUAGGCUGUAGAUCCCAGGAUCACGACUCCCACUCAUCCCAGCCGGGUCUCGCUAACACUCCGAAUCGGUCUGGCGAUAACGUCACAUAUCUACCUGUAGAUAUUAUGUUAAUAUUUAUGCAUAAAUCGGUUGGAGGCACUAGGGUUACAGAGGUCAGCAGUCGACCAAUAACACGCACUCUUCCAUGGAUACUGUUGCUAGGUCGGUCGCGUCCCCCAUGGUUACUGUUGCUAGGUCGGUCGCUUCCCCCAUGGUUACUGUUGCUAGGUCGGUCGCUUCCCCCAUGGUUACUGUUGCUAGGUCGGUCGCAUUCCCCAUGGUUACUGUUGCUAGGUCGGUAGCUUUCCCCAUGGUUACUGUUGCUAGGUCGGUAGCUUUCCCCAUGGUUACUGUUGCUAGGUCGGUUGCUUCCCCCAUGGUUACUGUU